AACUUGCCUCAAUUUCGUAAUCGCCCGCCCCCGCCCCGCUUUGUAAAUUCUCUAGACUCCAGCUUCUCGCUUGCUCACAGUCCAUCCCCCAGCCUCACUCUUCCUGGCACUUAGGUGGCGGCUCAACAAACUUAGGUGAACUGAACAGAGCUGACAAGGCAAUCUCAAGUUGCUGUCCUGGGAGUGGUGAGGCAAGGCACAAGAGAAAGGACUUCUAGUUCUUCCCACUGCCAGUGCAGCCCCCAGCAUCACUUUCGGCCCCUUCGUGCCGGGGGCCGUGAUUUGUGGGUGACCAAGUCCCUCGCUAGCCUGCAGUACUUCCGCUGGUGCAGUCAUCUCCUUCCCCUCGCACUAAAACAAUACCCUGGCCUCCUGCCAAACUCUUGAGCAGAGAGCAACUCUGGCUGUUUAUGGCCCGGAUUGGGUGCUGCAAGAGGCUUGGGCCGCUCUAAGUGUUAGCAGAGGCCCGGAGGAAAAGAAGAGGCCCAAGCUUUAAAACACUCCCUUCCUCCGCCCCCUCCCUUUUGUCCCAGACACCAAAACAAACGAGCUGAUACACGUGUCCCUAUGACUCUUGUUUACUAUCAAGACUGCGCUGUGCGAGCGCCUCUGGGAUAUGUAGUCCAGCUCUUCCCCGGCCAGCAGUCUCCCACAGCCAAGGACCAAGGCUUGAGACUACGAACCCACAAUCCAUUUCGGGGACAAAGUUUGGCUCGGGUCCCCGGACUCUCGGCAAUAGUCCAAUCCGAAGCACUUACUCUUGUGAUUGACAUGCCAUCUUCUCCAGUAAACACAACACAAAAGUCAAUACAUGCCCGCCCCCCGAGACGGACCACGGUACCACCCAAUGGGAAAGGGGAAGAACCGAAUGGCAGUUCUGCAGUCCAAUAAGAGGGCGAAAGAGCUGGGCGGGGCUCAACCCCAAUGGGGUUGAGGGGAGGGGGAAGACGAAGCUUGAAAGACUUGGUAAUGGCGACGGGUUUGGAGUUUUGGGAUGGUGGUUGAUAACUAAGACAAAGUGCUGAAGAAAUGAUAGAAGUUGCAAAGAGACGUUAGUGUACUAUACUUGGUGAAUGUUGGAAACUGCAGGACCUGCUGUAGGGAAGAAAAAAGUUCUAGCUGGAAAGAAUGAGGAAACCAAAGAGCUCUGCAGAGGGAGGGGGAAGACAAGACAGACUGCAGCUGUGCUUCUGUGGACCCCAAGAACAGCACUGUUCAUACACAGAGGAUAGCUCUGAAGAGAGAUACCUGUGUAGUGCAGCUUCUAAAUUUCAUAAUAAAGUCAGAGCACCAUAACAUGGUGUGGGAAGUGAAGACAAAUCAGAUGCCUAAUGCAGUACAGAAACUCCUGUUGGUGAUGGACAAGAGAGCCUCAGGAAUGAAUGACUCAUUGGAGUUGCUGCAGUGUAAUGAGAAUUUGCCAUCUUCACCUGGAUAUAACUCCUGUGAUGAACACAUGGAGCUUGAUGACCUUCCUGAACUUCAGGCAGUUCAAAGUGAUCCUACCCAAUCUGGCAUGUACCAGCUGAGUUCAGAUGUUUCACAUCAAGAAUACCCAAGAUCAUCUUGGAACCAAAAUACCUCAGACAUACCAGAAACUACUUACCGUGAAAAUGAGGUGGACUGGCUAACAGAAUUGGCAAAUAUCGCGACCAGUCCACAAAGUCCACUGAUGCAGUGCUCAUUUUACAAUAGAUCAUCUCCUGUACACAUCAUAGCCACUAGCAAAAGUUUACAUUCCUAUGCACGCCCUCCACCAGUGUCCUCUUCUUCGAAGAGUGAACCAGCCUUCCCUCAUCACCAUUGGAAGGAGGAAACACCAGUAAGACAUGAAAGGGCAAAUAGUGAGUCAGAAUCUGGCAUUUUCUGCAUGUCCUCCCUGUCAGAUGAUGAUGAUUUGGGAUGGUGCAAUUCCUGGCCUUCAACUGUCUGGCACUGUUUUUUGAAAGGCACACGACUGUGCUUUCAUAAGGGAAGCAAUAAGGAAUGGCAAGAUGUUGAAGAUUUUGCUAGAGCUGAAGGCUGUGAUAAUGAGGAAGAUCUUCAAAUGGGCAUUCACAAGGGCUAUGGUUCUGAUGGUCUAAAGUUGUUAUCACAUGAAGAAAGUGUAUCAUUUGGCGAGUCUGUACUGAAGUUGACUUUUGAUCCUGGUACAGUAGAAGAUGGUUUACUUACCGUAGAGUGUAAGCUGGACCACCCUUUCUAUGUUAAAAAUAAAGGUUGGUCAUCAUUUUAUCCAAGCUUGACUGUGGUACAGCAUGGCAUUCCAUGUUGUGAAGUUCAUAUUGGCGAUGUAUGUCUACCUCCUGGACACCCCGAUGCCAUUAAUUUUGAUGAUUCAGGUGUUUUUGAUACAUUUAAAAGCUAUGACUUCACACCUAUGGAUUCUUCUGCAGUUUAUGUGUUAAGUAGUAUGGCUCGCCAGCGUCGUGCAUCUUUGUCUUGUGGAGGACCUGGUGGUCAAGACUUUGCAAGAUCUGGAUUCAGUAAAAACUGUGGCUCACCUGGAUCAUCACAGCUCUCUUCCAAUUCUUUGUAUGCUAAAGCUGUCAAAAACCACAGCUCAGGGACUGUGAGUGCCACUUCUCCUAAUAAGUGCAAAAGACCAAUGAAUGCCUUCAUGCUUUUUGCCAAAAAAUACAGAGUUGAAUAUACUCAGAUGUAUCCAGGGAAAGAUAACAGAGCCAUAAGUGUGAUCCUUGGUGACAGGUGGAAGAAAAUGAAGAAUGAAGAGAGAAGAAUGUACACAUUAGAAGCAAAGGCUUUGGCUGAAGAACAGAAACGUUUAAAUCCUGACUGUUGGAAGAGGAAAAGAACCAAUUCAGGCUCACAACAACAUUAAACCAGGAUGCUUAUGUUCUUAAGUCUAUAUUUGCAUAUACAUUGACUCUUGAUGGAAAGACUUAAGAAGAUCAAGGUCUCACCAUUUGUCCUCAAUUCGUGUGACCAUAAGAUACUGAUAGCAUUGAGUCUUGAAAUGAUUUAAUAAUAUGAGUGAGGAUUUGCUUUCUCCAUUAGAGCAUUAAGCUAAAACUAUCAACAUUUUAAACCAAAUUGCCUUAUUUUUCUUCCAAACUUCAUAUAUGUCUAUCAGGUAAUAAUAGGCUUGAAAAUUGAUAUCCUGUGGUGCUAAAGUACAGUAGAAAGAGAGGAGAAGUGUAUACAUGUUUUAUUUUAAAUUGUACGAAAGGGGAAUUUAAAAAAUAUGUAACUGCUGUUUAUACAUUGGCUCCUUACUGCUUAUUAAUCUGUAUUGUACACAUGAUGGAAUGAAGCAGAAGCUGGGAGUCGGCCUUUCCUCGAGUAACCACCACAUGGCUCAGCAUCUGUGCCAAACAUAGGCGCUCCUAGUCUGGUCAGUGCCAAGAGGCUACCAGAACAUGUGGCAGGUGGCUGGUGUUGGUGUCCCAGCCUAAGAGCCACCUGCUGCAGUUACCAUGGCAUGCUGAGUUGAUGCACCAGGUGGCAGCAGCCAUCCGUUAUUAUUUCCAAUGGAGACCUAGCCCAGGCCAAGGUAAAGUUAAGUUAGUUAAUAGCAUUGGGAUAUAGUCACUGUAAUGGUGCUAUUAACAAACAGUCAACACCAUUGUAUUUUUUAACUUCGUGUUCUGUAUCUCCUCAGCCAUGUAUCUUAAAUAUAUUUUGUCAUCAUAAUCUUUAUGGUGGGGGCAGACUUUGCACUUAUUGCAGUGCAACACUUGCACUUUAAUUUUCCUCCAACUGUCUAAAAUUAGAGCAAAUACAUUGGCAAUACAGCUGCUUUUGCUCUGAGCUACAAUCAUGGCUUUUCAUGUUACUUACCAAGUGGUGUUUCUGGUUAGGAAUCACAGCUGUAAAAUUGAUUUCAGUUCAUCACACUUCUUCAUGAUGUUGCCCCUAAAUUUUGCACACUAUAUUCUUGUAUAUUAUUUCAAAUAAAUGGAAAAAAGAGUUGCUUA